ACUAAAUGCUCUAUGCGUGACAAUAUCAAUGGCGUCUUCUUCGCCAAUACCUAUCAACCCCAGAGAUUGCAUGUCUUGAACCUUCGCAAGGGAAAGAAAAAGAAAAUCUAAAUGGAUAGACACGUAGCUUAACAAUUUUGACAUUGGCAAAGAAAAUGGGAUCAGUUUCAUCGUUUUAAAAGUUGCAGUUGCAAUUGCUUGUACAACAGACUUCAACAUGAAGACAUUCAUAUUCCUCUGCAGUAUUGCAUUUGCUCUUUUCAUCUAUCCUGGGGAUGCUAUCUACUGUGCCUACUACCCAUCAGAGAAUCAGAAUGACCCGAUGAACCCCAGUCAAGAUGAGGUGAUGGGAAUUAUUCAGCCAGAUAAUGUUACUAUCUUCUGUCCAGAAGAGAAUGAUAGGUGCUUCUCAUUCUGGUACACACAUCCCAACUAUGAGAAUGAAAUCCUCAUUCAGAAACAAGGUUGUUGGGGGAAUGAGGCCAGGUCUCUGAAUUGUAACCAAGAGAACUGCACUGCCCACAGCAAGCCGAGUGAAUACCUGGUCCGUACCAAAAACCAGACUAGCAGGAUCUGCUGCUGUGCCGGAGACUACUGCAAUAGAAACGUGUCUGAUGCAUACGUCCCUCUGCCCUCCACAAAGCCAACAGUCACUCAGUACAAAGUGAUAUCAGACAAAAUGAAUUACGACAUGGAGAGAACUAUUCUCAUUGCUGUCAUCCCCAUCUUCUGUGUCUCAGUUGCCAUAGCAAUCAUGUACUUCAUCUUCCGCAUGAGGCUGCAGCGCUCCACCAAGGCCCAAAUGAGCCAGUUGCCCAUGUUGGAAGCCCCUCCCCCAGAGCCAACCUUUGACCUUGACCAGCUAAAGAUGAUGGAGCUUGUUGGGCAAGGAAGAUAUUGCAAUGUUUAUCGAGCUGCUCUGAGUGAGAAGGAGGUUGCUGUGAAGGUGUUCACAGGAUCCUCCAAGCAGUGUUACAUGAAUGAGCUUGACAUCAUGGGCCUUCCCCAUAUGGAGCACUCCAACCUUCUCCAGUAUGUUGGAUCUGGAGAUCGCAUGGGGGAGGAUGGAUGGGUGGAGCACCUCCUGGUGGUGGAAAUGAUCUCCAGGGGAUCCCUCAUGUCCUACUUGAGGGAGAAUAGCUACGACUGGCACACCAUGUGCAGGCUGGCUCAAACCACUGCUGCAGGAUUGGCACACCUGCAUCAGGUCAUAGACACUCCAGGUGGCCUCAAACCAGCUGUUGUUCAUCGAGACAUCAACAGUCGUAAUGUUUUGGUGAAUGCUGAAGGUAAUUGUGUCAUUGGUGAUUUUGGCUUUGCCAUGAAGGUCUGUGGAUCCAGUGUGGUUGGAGAGGCUGAUGGUGACAAUAGUACCAUCACUGAUGUGGGAACAGUACGCUACAUGUCUCCUGAGGUUCUUGAUGGUGCCGUCAAUCUAAGAGACUGUGAGUGCGCCCUCAAGCAGGUGGAUGUGUACGCUCUCGGACUUGUCAUCUGGGAAAUUGCAAUGAGAUGUAAAGAUCUGUAUCCCAGGGAUGAAAUGGGUAACUAUCAGAUGCCCUUUGAAGAACAAGUUGGGCUUCAUCCAACAUUUGAAGACAUGCAGGUCUUAGUGUCAAGGGAGAGGAAGAGACCUCAAUUCCCUGAUGCAUGGAAACAGAACAGCCAAGCUCUAAGAAGUCUGAAAGAGACCAUCGAAGACUGCUGGGAUCAUGAUGCAGAGGCUAGACUUACUGCACUGUGUGUUGAGGAGCGCAUCAUUGAACUGAUGGUUCUUUGGGACAAGCACCAUACAGUUAGCCCCACUAUCAACCCCACCACCCAGGGGAAUGCCAUCCCUACCCACACCAUGACAGACUACACUGCCCGACCAAUGGAUAUCAUUGCUACAGAGUAUCCGGGUAUUGCUAGACUGGCUGAUGGUACGAUGAUUGCUGUAAGAAGCAACGGUCAGCCUGUGCUUGGUGCAGCCAGUGAUACGUCUGGUACGGCAAGUGAUACAAAGAACCAUCAUGGCCUUCAGUCAUCAGUAAGCAGUGGUUUGGAGAAGAACGAGCGCUUACGACUCCUGUCUCCAGAUACCAUCAGUACCAGCCUUUCUUCACAAUCAGACCUCAAUCUUAUUGAUCUGACUGCAUCGGCUCCACCAGUCGAUCCAAAGAACUUGCAUCAUUCUGAUGACAGCAUUGAGAGGUACACCACUGAUCUCAAGUAUGGUCCUUCACAGUCAGGACCCAAGUACUGUGAUGGUUUUAGUGAACCUUCCACCUCUCCUAGUAGGCCUUUGGUUGUGAAUGAAAUGAGGGCAGGACUGAGCAAGGAUCAAAUGACAGACAAUCUAUCUCAUGGUAUGGGAAAGCUGAAGAACAAAUCCUCAAGUAUGCCAUCCUGGAAUCACAUGAAUGGAGUUGAUCCACGCUCACGUGCUGUGAAGCAGCCGGUCAAUAAGGCCAAACUAGACACUAACCUGCAUCGCCAGCAGGCAAGAAGUACCAGUCCCAAGCAGCCCAAUCAGAAUAAAUAUGAUGCAUCAGAAAGUUCUGGAGCCAGCAGUGAAGGGGCUGGUGUGAGUAGAGUAUCCCCUAAUAUGAACAUACGUCCUAACAGCUUGCCUCUUCAGUCUACUCACAGGGGAUCAAAGAAAAAGCUGAUGGCUGUCUAUAUCCCCAAAGCUGGCCCUACCACCAAAGUCCAGACAGGCAUUGCAAAGAUGGAUAGUGUGGCACCUUCCUGCCAUCAGGUCAAAAUGGCCGCCAACACCCACAAGCACCAGCAGCCAGCUCAUAAUGUUGUGGAAAAGCUACAACAUGGAAAUGCACAAAAUCUAGAAACAGGAGCAGAACGUCCCCACUCAUGGGCUUGUGAUAGUUCGUCCAGUAGUGACCAUUCACACGAGAUUGAUCGAAGAAAUGGAAAUGCUUGUUCAGGCUCCACAUCGUGCAUAGCGAAAGGAGACAAUGGCAAGAGAAAGGGAACUCCUUUCCGACUUCUCACAGAGAAACUGUCCAUCCACAAAGGAAAGGACAAGAAAGAUCCUAAGGAUCAUACUGACUGCAAUGAAAUAAACAACCAGAAUCCUGGAGAACUCAAUGUGAACAACAAUGCAAAGGCUGUAGCUCCUCAGACCUUGGCCAAUGAUAGUGACAAUGAAUCUACUGUCUGUUCAGACCUGAGUAAUGGACAUGCUGGCGUAACUCUUAAUGUUGAUGCCUAUCCUUUGAAUGGUAAACUAGUCAAUGGCAGUGCAAAGCUUCAAGCUAACUUCGAACUAGAAUGUGUUUAAUUGAUUGGGGCAUGGUUAUUCAGCUGUACAAAAAAAAGCUUUUAUAAGUAUAAAUGUAGCCACAAGUUUGUUUUCAUAUGUUAAAUAUAUUUUCAAAACAUAUAAUUUGAAUAUUGGCUGAUUGAUGCUUUGCAGUGAUAAGUAUAAUUCUUUCACUUUGCAUAUAGUACUCUUGUAAGUAAGCUUUUGCAAAUGCUACUUUAAUAAUUGAAAUACAUCAUUUUUAACAAUUUAUUGACAAAUUUAAAAUGUACCUGUAUGCAUAUGUAAUAUUUACUGAAAUCUGAGAGUAUAUGUCUUUUCUCAAUUUUUAUGAUAAUGUUCAAAUGUAUAUUGAUGGAAAUGGGUAUAUUGGAUAAAAUGUGCAUUGCAUAUGUUAUUCCUAGGGCCUUGCUCUAUCUGGGAUUUGCGUCAGUUUUCAAAUAUUUAGCUUAGAAUUUCUUUGUGCUAUUAUACUGUAUGAUAUAUACAUGUAUAUUUCUUUUUUCAUGGUGAUAUAUCAAUUAGUUUCAUGUUGGUGUGCUAUAUAUGCUUAAGUUUUUAGACUGUUUUAAAUCAGAAGAAAAAAAUCAGUAGAAUUAUGUGACAUAAUGAUUCCUAGCUCAUAAAAAUGCAUUGCAUGUUACAUGGUGAGGAAAAACAUAGAAAAUAAUUUCUAUUCAAAAUUUAAAAGUUAGUAUUUCAAUAGUAGGGGGGGGGGUGUGUGAAAUGGACUGUGAAAGACCACAUAUAUUGAUUUCAAGGGGCUGUCACCCCUAGACGUUUAAGCCAGUGUACAUGUAUACUGAAUUGCUGAUGUAUGUAGGUUUUGGCCAGCAGCUUUCUUAAUCCAAAUUCUUGAAAAAUUGCCUUGUGUUAACAAUACCAAAUUACAAUAUAAUCCUUCAUAUCAAUUAUCAAAAAUAUGAAUUAAUGAUAUUUUGUGUUAACAAAAAUGCAAAUCUUGAUAAGAAUGGAACCUUUGAUGUUAAGAGACAUAGUAAAUGGACAAAAGGCUGGCCUUAUGUAUGUACAGUAUGUCAGCAUAAGCUGGCUAAAAACCUGGAUGUGUGAGUAAUGUGACAGCCCCCUUUAGAUACUGGUAAUCAAUUUCAAACACAUUUGUGCAGGAAAAAUGUUUGAUCCAUCGUGA